AAGCAUAGUUCCUUGAUAUUGACCAUUGAAUAACUUGAAUAGACGCAUACGCGAUAUACGUAUUAUACGCAUAAAGGCAUUAUAUAGUCUAGUAAAUUCAUUCGGUGAAAUUUCAACUAUUCUAAUUUUAAAAAGUUAGAACGCCGAUAAGAAGCGAUAACAGAGCAAGUAUGCUGCAAUUAUGUCAGGGCCCAGUUACAACUAGAACACACGACCAAAGAGGAGUAUAGAAUAAUGAUAGGAUGUCUGGUCGAUCUGGAUCCUUCGCAUUUUUUCUUCAAUGAAUUGUUAAACGUCGGUCUUAUGACGCAUGAUGAAUUUGUUUGGACUCAUGGAUCAACGCCAGGACAGAUCUUUGUCGUUGAUGCUACGGGAAUUACAAUUGGACAUGUAGGGCGUUUAAACAUAGCAUCAAUAAAAAAAGGACUACGCUACCUUCAAGAUGCCAUGCCAAUACGCUUGAAAGAGGUCCAUGUAAUAAAUACGUCGCCAGUUGUCGAAAUAAUAUACAAUAUGACCAAACCUUUCUUGGACAAGGAAUUAGUAAAAUUGAUACAUUUUCACGCAUCAUUGGAAAGCGUGAGUGAACACUUUCCGAUAGAAGUAUUGCCCAAUGAGCUUGGUGGGAAAGGAGGUGCGUUGCAGGAGUUGAUGGACGCGCAGUUCAAAAGGAUCGAAAACUUUCGCGAGUGGUUCCUAGAGGACGAAAAAAAUAAUCGGGUGAACGAGUCACUGCGGAUUGGCAAAAGCAAGACAUCUGGUGAUCUCUUUGGGGUGGACGGUAAUUUCAGAAAAAUAGAAAUCGACUGAUUCGAUCUUACAACACGUAAGUAUCAUACAGCAUCAAAUCAAUG